GUCAAAGCCGAGUUAACGUCAUCGCAAAGGAGGCUCGGCCAGGCGACCAUGAUCGUUAGAACCUACGGCCGCCGCAACCGUGGUUUAACCAGGACGUUUUCCGACUCCCCAUACGACGACGUCUCCGACUCCCCUCCACUCUCCCAAGAAACGGUUCCGUCUGAGGACACUUACAGCUUCCCUUUCUCCACUCAAGAGUCCUCUUCCUUCUGGCUCUCCUCCCAAGAAUUCAACGACGACUUUUACAAGGACAGCGCAGCAGCAGCCUUCGAACCGUCUCUAAGUGAUUUCGGUCUUGACGACCCGAGAAACGGCGUCGUAAGGAGAUCCAAGAAGCAGAAGCAAAGGCAGAGCAAGAAAGAGGUAAGGGAUUCUUCUAUUCCCUGGAUUUCUCCCAAUUCGACUUUGAUGGAAGCUCAAGAGUUUGGGGAAAUGAUGGAACACGUUGACGAGGCUAAUUUCGCGCUUGAUGGGUUGAAGAAAGGUCAACCGGUGAGGAUCAGAAGAGCGAGUCUCCUGUCUUUGCUUUCGAUUUGUGGCACGGCCCAACAAAGGAGACUUUUGAGAACCCAGGGAAUGACAAAGACAAUAAUUGAUGCUAUUUUGGGUCUCAACAUUGAUGACAUCCCAAGUAAUCUUGCUGCUGUUGCCCUUUUCUAUGUCUUGACUACUGAUGGUCAAGAUGAGUGUCUCCUGGAAUCACCUAGUUGCAUUCGCUUUCUACUUAAAUUGUUGAAGCCAGUCAUCCCCAUUGCUAAAGAGACCAAAACAGGAAAAAUAGGGUAUAAGCUUUUGGCAUUACACAAGGAUGUCGGCAUCUCACGGAAUACGACUAAAGUGUUGGAUUCAAGCUCUGCUGUCAUUGUUUCCAAAGUUGAGGAAAUUCUUGUUAGUUGUAAGGAAAUGAAGUCAACAUGUGGGGAUGAUAGUGGUUUAAAAAGGUCUGAGUUAUGCCCGAAAUGGAUAGCUUUGUUGAUUUUGGAGAAAGCUUGUUUGUCAAAAAUUUCUCUUGAAGAUGCAACUGGCAUGGUAAGAAAAACUGGCUGCAAUUUGAAGGAGAAAUUAAGAGAGCAUGGAGGACUUGAUGUUGUCUUUGAAGUGGCCAUGGAGUGUCAUUCUGGUUUGGAGGGUUGGGUGGAGCAGAGUUCAUCUUCUCCUCUUAUAGAAGAUAAAAAGGAUGUGCAGAGGCUUGCGCUGCUUUUAAAAUGUAUGAAAAUCAUGGAAAAUGCUGCAUUCCUCAGUAGCGACAAUCAGAGUCAUCUGUUAGAAAUGAGAGGGAAAUUGAACUCCAAUGGAUCUAGAAUAUAUUUUGUGAAGCUUCUUAUAAGUGUAAUAAAGAUUCUUUCAGGGCUUUAUAUCAAGACUUCUUCUGCAUCGUCUAGUACUGAAAGAGCUUGCAAUAGUUCUGAGGCAAUUGGUGAUGCUGAUAAGUUUGCUCUAACUGCAGACUGUAAAGUGGAUAGACAUGUUGCUGUCUUGACUAGUUCGUGUGAGAAGUCCUCUAGCUUGGAGUUGUCCUUCCCUGGAAAGAGCUUCAAUACAUCCCAGAAUGAUCCAGGACCGUCCACGCAGUGGCCAGAUCAUUCUGUAUCUAGUUUUCAAACCGCAACUUCAUCUUCGAAUGAUUGUGGUUUACUAAAGACGAGAAUCCAUUCUUCUAGUGGGAAAUCAGGAAAUUUGUUUGAUGGAAUACCUGGAAUAAGCAAUGGGUCAGGGACCUUUUGUGAGAGAUCUGAUCGCAGUAAAAAUGGCAAUCGACAACUUUUAGAGGAUAGCCAAGAUCCUUUUGCAUUUGAUGAAGAUGAUUUUGUGCCUUCGAAGUGGGAUGUACUAUCUGGGGGAAAAAAGAUACUCCGAACUAAAAAACAUGAGAAAAUUGAGCCAAGAAAUAGAAAAAUCCAAGUUGGGCAUCGUUACCAAUUUACGAUGAGCCAACAAGAAUCAAGUCCUGAGGAAAUUUUCCAGACAGAAUUUAUCGAUGAAGAAUAUCAUCAUUCUAAUGUAACUUCUGUUUCUCACAGUACCGAAGAAUAUUUUAGCCUUGUCUCAGACUGCCUUCUUGCUGCUAUUAAGGUUUUGAUGAAUUUAACGAAUGACAACCCUCUUGGCUGUCAAAAAAUUGCUGCUUCUGGGGCCAUAGAGACCUUGUCUACAUUGAUUGCGAGCCACUUCCCUUCAUUCUGCUCAUAUUUGCCUUGUGCCAGGGAAAUGGAAAAGGCUUCUCUUAGUGUAGAUCUUGAUGACCGGAAUGACGUACCUCUUAAUGAUCUGGAAUUGGAUUUCCUCGUAGCCAUACUUGGUCUGCUUGUAAACCUAGUGGAGAAGGAUGAACAGAACAGAUCACAGCUUGCAGCAGCUUCUGUUUCUUUACCAUAUUCAAAAGGAUCAAGAGAAGGGAGUCGAAUGGCUGUAAUUCCAUUGCUGUGUUCCAUAUUUCUCGCAAACCAAGGAGAAGAUGAUGCGGCUGAGGAAGUUCUUCCUUGGAAUAAUGAAGAUGUCUUGCUACAAGGAGAGAAAGAAGCGGAGAAGAUGAUUUUAGAAGCCUACGCAGCUUUACUACUUGCAUUUCUUUCUACUGAAAGUAAGAGCACGCGAAAUGCAAUUGCCGAUUGUCUUCCAAAUCGCAGUUUGUCGAUUUUGGUACCUGUGUUGGAGAGAUUUGUGGCAUUUCAUUUGACGUUAAACAUGAUUUCUCCGGAGACUCAUAAAGCUGUGAGUGAAGUGAUCGAGUCGUGUAGGAUACCAUGAGAAACUGAUGAAACAUCUUGUACAGCCGAAGUCCUCAUUUUAGGUUAGCAGUUUGUUUCCACACAAUGCCGGUGACAUCCACCGAUGAGGAUGGGAGUGGCCGGCAAAACUUAUAUCAAACUGAACAACAGAUCCAUUGACCCGUUUAUUCUUUGUUUUGUUUUCCUGAUAAUGUUAUUCUUUGUAAGCCUAUUUCAUCGUCUAGAAGCAUGCCAAGACUCUUGUAUAUUAAGGUCAUCUCCAGUCCUCAUCU